AUGGACCCCUCUGUGACGCUGUGGCAGUUUCUGCUGCAGCUGCUGAGAGAACAGGGCAAUGGCCACAUCAUCUCCUGGACCUCACGGGAUGGUGGUGAGUUCAAGCUGGUGGACGCUGAGGAGGUGGCCCGGCUGUGGGGACUGCGCAAGAACAAGACCAACAUGAAUUAUGACAAGCUCAGCCGGGCCUUGCGGUACUACUAUGAUAAGAACAUCAUCCGCAAAGUGAGUGGCCAGAAGUUCGUCUACAAGUUUGUGUCCUAUCCCGAGGUUGCAGGGUGCUCCACUGAGGACUGUUCACCCCAGCCUGAGGUGUCUAUUACCUCCACUGUGGCAAAUGUGGCCCCCGCUGCUGUACAUGCUGUCCCUGGGGAAUCUGCCUCCGGGAAGCCAGGAACACCCAAGGGUGCAGGAGUGGCAGGCCCAGGUGGCUUGGCAAGAAGCAGCCGGAAUGAGUACAUGCGCUCAGGCCUCUAUUCCACCUUCACCAUCCAGUCCUUGCAGCCACAGCUACAGCUGCCCCUGCAUCCAAGGUCCAUCUCAGUGCUUUCCAAUACAGCCGCAGCAGGAGCAGCAGUGCCCCCUUCAGGGAGCAGGAGCACCAGUCCAAGCCCCUUGGAGGCCUGCCUAGAGGCCGAAGAGGCUGGCCUGCCUCUGCAGGUCAUUCUGACCCCGCCCGAGGCCCCGAACCUUAAAUCAGAAGAGCUGAAUGUGGAGCCCGGGGUGGGCCGGCCACUGCCCCCAGAAGUCAAAGUAGAAGAGCCGAAGGAAGAGUUCAACACUGCAGCCAGUGGGGAGGCGGGGUUUGUGCCGGAAGCCCCUAGGGCCGGGCGGGAAGUCCCUCCUGCAGUUGUUAUGGAGACGGCAGCGCCCGGGGGCGGCCUCGGGGCUUCCACAGCUUCCAGCACAGAGAUCCCCCAGCCUCAGAAGGGCCGAAAGCCCCGGGAUCUGGAGCUUCCACUCAGCCCUAGCCUGCUAGGUGGGCCAGGACCCGAACGGACUCCAGGAUCGGGAACUGGCUCCAGUCUGCAGGCGCCUGGGCCGGCACUAACGCCAUCCUUGCUACCUACGCACACAUUGACCCCGGUGCUGCUGACGCCCAGCUCGCUGCCCCCCAGCAUUCAUUUCUGGAGCACCCUGAGUCCCAUUGCUCCCCGUAGCCCGGCCAAGCUCUCCUUCCAGUUUCCAUCUAGUGGCAGCGCCCAGGUGCACAUCCCUUCCAUCAGCGUGGACGGCCUCUCCACCCCCGUGGUGCUCUCCCCAGGGCCCCAGAAGCCAUGACUACCACCACCACCUUUUCUGGGGUUACACCCUGAACUUCUCUCCAGCCAGCUGUCUCAAGAAGAAACAUAGUUCAGCUGACAGACUCGUGCUAUAGUCAUGGUGGGGUAGGGUUUCUUAGGAAGAAAGAUUUCUCAGUAAUUUUUCCAUAGGAAAAUUAUCUACUCUCUAUUUUUGGUCAGUCUCCCAGCGGCCGCACUUAUACGUCUCCUACCACAGUAGUGGGGACGGUUUAUUUAUUUAUUUUUUGAAGGCCACUGGGAGGAGCCUGGCUCAGCCCUUUUCAGGGCAGUGGUGAGGACAUCUCCAGCUUCACAUUUUAUCCCCCCAAGAUGAGACAGUUGGGGUCUGGCUUGAGAAGGACCUUUCUUUAUUUAUUUCUCAGCCUGCCCUUGGGAAGCUGAGGGAGCCCUGUCUCCAUUUUGGGGUGUGGGUAGAAGAGCUAGCAUGUUGUGGUUUCUUAUUCCUGGCUGUCCCCAAGGGUCCGGGAAGAAUUUGUGCCAUUAAAUGGUUUUGGAGCCUUGACCAAGUCAGACUCACCCUCGGAAUAGGUAUUCUCACCACCACCCCCCAGCCUUUUUCUCAGACAGCCUGUCCUUUAUCAGCCACCUUUUUGGCCAGGGACGAAUGCCCCUUUUGUUCUUCUGCCCCUGAGAAGCCAUUCCCGUGUCUGCCAAACUCCUGGGGUCCUGUCUCUUACCUCCCAAUGGAGGGUUAUUUGGGGGAGUAGUCCCCGUCUGGGGGACCCCUCCAGCCAGUACUCCAGGUCUCCCUGUCCCCUACCCUCUGCCAUUUUGAUAGUAUAAUCUAUUUUUAAACAGGGCUUUUCGAUAGGGGAGAGGGGUCAUCUCUUCCUAUAUCUGAGAUGGGGUGGGUGGGAAGGAAGGGAUGGGGAUGUAUCUUCCUGCCGCCCCCAAGUGUUUAUUUUUGAUACCAAAUGUGUAUUUUCGGCUCCCUCCCAGCCCCCCAAUUUCCUGCGGGCGGGUACAAAGGACCCUUUAAGUGUCCCUGGAGUUGGGAGGGAGGAAUAGAAGGGCGUAAAGCCUGUCCUAUGUGAUUUCCAGGCUGGAGAGGAUGGGUUCGAAGGCCUCCUGGCUCACCACCUGUCAGCACCAGCCCAGCCCAGGCCUGGACACCUGGGGGUUGGUGAUUUGGGGGACGGUGCUACACCUGUCUCCACUGUUCAAUUUGCUUCCCCCAAAAUGGAUCAUUUUUUUUCUAAGAGUCCCAGAGAAUGGGGAAUUGUUCCUGUAAAUAUAUAUUUUUAAAGGUGA